AUAUACCGUCCCAUAUUAUCUAUAACAAAAUAUUAGAGCAUCAGUUUUUACAGGCUUGAAGAGACCUGUGUAGGACAAUAAUUACACCCUGCCAUCUUUGUGCUCAUUCAGUAGUAGGUAAUUACAGACCAUCUGUGCGGAAGUCCCAAAAUGAGUAGAACGCAAACACCAGAAGGUGUUUUCCAUGUGCAAACAUAAGCGGGCAAUUGAGGUAUCUAUGAUGGCAAGUGGUAAUCAUGACAUUGGCAGUGAUGCAUGACUGUUGCUAUUCUGUGACGUCAAUACAUGGUGAGUGAGAAUAGGUUGUAGUAUAAUGCAGGCUCUGAAAAUGUCUGAUUUUUAAAAAAUACCUAAAUGCAACACAUUUUUAAACUCUGAGCUAAAAAAUGUUUACUUUGUCAACACUGCUUAGAAAUUCACUAAAUGACUUUGCAUUAUAAAUCUUCGCAUUUCUGGUUUCCUAUAAAGCAAAUAGUUUGGAGUAUGGGGCAAGGAAGCUGCUUUUUCACAUAUACUACUCAAUGUGAUGGGUUACACUUUUCUCUAGUGACUUGUCACAGGCACCUGCCAACAAAAAAAAAAAAAAAACAGGUUCUCUCAGUGGAAUUUCGGCUCAAAGAAAAUGCAAGAAUAUAAUAUGGAUAUCAUCUGGAAUAAAUGUGCUCUCCUCCCUUGACUGUAAGCCACUAUGAUUAAAUUAGAUCUCGGCAACCAGAAAACAAAACUAUGAAACACCUUAUAAUUUUUCAUCUAAGCCUGUAGGUUUUUCCAUAACGCAACCUAGAAACAAAGUUACCUCAAAUGUCCAAUCUUUAACUCAAGUUUGUUUCCAUGGAAAUGGAGGGAGACAUUCUGAAAUGAUAUCUUUGAGUAGAAUGUUUUAAAUAUGGACUGUUUCAAUAACAGAUAUCUUCAUAACGGAAAUAAUAACUAAUUAGAUAUUCUUAAGGAGAUCCCACUCUGUAUUCUAAGCAUCCAACAAUAGAUAUUUACAUUUUUUCAUUUAGGUGAUGUUUUAUCCAAGUUCACUGAGGGCUCAAGUAAAAUUGUUUAUAUAUUUUUGUACACCAUGAUGUCUUUGACUAUUAACUGAGAACUAACAAAAAACAGGAGACAAAGCUGAAGGUAGCAGAGUUAAAGAUGCUAAGCUUUGCAUUGGGUGUGACGAGGAUGGAUAGGAUUAGGAACGAGUACAUUAGAGGGUCAGCUCAGGUUGGAUGGUUUGGAGACAAAGUCAGAGAGGCAAGAUUGUGUUGGUUUGGACAUGUGCAGAGGAGAGAUGCUGGGUCUGCUGGGAGAAGGAUGCUAAGGCCUAAGUGGAGGUUUAUGGAUGUGGUAAGAGAGCAAGAUGCAGAGGACAGGAAGAUAUGGGAAAAGGUAAUCCACUGUGGCAACCUCUAAUAGGAGCAGCCAAAAGAAAAUGAAGAACUGAAAGACUAUUGCUAUAACCUACAUCUGAAAUCUGAAAAUACUGAUGAGAAACUCAAUGUAUACAUGAAGUUGUUAGUCAAAAGGGUGAUAUCAAUUAAGCCAUUGCCUGAUUUUUCAUUUUCCAGAAGAAAAUGUUAAUGGCAUUUCCACAUAUCUUUAAAUUUGGCAUAAGAAUGUUUAAAAGAGGCUUUCUUAUUUUCCAGGAGCUUGAAACUUACCUGAGGGACUCCGCUUCUUCAGCUUUAUUGUCACAGAUCAUAAGCAAGACUGUCUGCCAUCCCAUAUGCAAAAGCAGGCCACCAUCUAACCAGUAUCAAAGACUUUUCCUGUCUGAAUUAAUUAAAAGGCAUGAAACUACAGCAUCUGAACCACUUGAUGAGCUCUAUGAUGCUUUGGCAGAGGUUCUUAGACUGGAGGAGCAGGCCCAGUGUCAUAAAAGCUACCGUCUGCCUACAGGUGAUUUUGUCAGUUUGAUCGAGAACCAGGCUGUCAUUUCUGAAGGCACAACAGGCCUGGUUACAUGGGAGGCUGCUUUGUGCUUGGCAGAAUGGGCCAUGGAGCACACAGAUAUUUUCCAGGGCAGGUCAAUACUUGAGCUUGGGAGUGGAAUGGGUUUGACUGGGAUUACGGUGUGUAAAAUGUGCAGACCCCAUAAGUAUAUCUUCAGUGACUGUCACCCCAAUGUGCUUCGUCAGCUCCAAAGAAACCUCUCUCUGAACAAUCUGGCCAUUCAGGAGUUUGCUAGUACAGGUGCUUCAAAUACGUCUGGGGUACAAAUUAUGGUGAAGAAUUUGGAUUGGGAGGUUGCAUCUCAAGAGCACUUCAAGGAUCUAUGUGUAGAUGUUGUUAUAGCAUCAGAUGUAGUUUACGAUCCUGAAAUUGUUCCUUGCUUGGUUAAGCUUUUGUCACAGUUUCUGAUCUGUGCAGAGAAAGACAAAGUUCCAAAUAUGUACAUAGCAUCGACAAUCCGCAAUCAUGAGACCUAUGCCUCCUUCAGAAGAGAACUAGAAGCAUCUGGUAUCAGACAGAACAUCAUUCCAGGACCAAGAAGACGGGUUUUCCCCUAUGAUAGAUCCUCACAAAUAGAAUUAAUUAAGUUGCAUUUAUAAUAAAAAAUAAAGAUAAAACUGUUGAAUUUUGUUUAGCAUUAAAUAAGUCCAUUUGAGCAUCAAAAACAGUGGUGACCUUCCAUUUGGAUAAAGUGGUGGUUAGGAGUUGGUGAUAUAUCACUUAAUCCAAUGGACCCGAUGAAAUUCUUCUUACAGUAUUGAUUUCU